AUGGAAAUAGAUGUUAAAUAUUCACUUUUCGACGCCUUAAUUAAUUGGUUCCUUUUCACACCUCUAGUGGUGGCAUUUUGGUGCGGUACAUACGGCCUAAUUGACAUUCUACUAUUCGACCUAAUCGAUUCACGACAACUCGCAACGAUAUUCGUCCUGCUAUUCGGUGUUUCAAUCGAAUUUACGAUAACAUACUGGCAGGAUAAAAUUAGCGAAUUCGCAAGAGAAUUAACCGGUAUAAAAUUCGCUUUUUUUUCGCGAGGUUACAACUACGUCCUAGCUACAGCUAAUAUAUGCCACUAUAGAGCUAUACAAGAAGUUUACGACUCCAUAUUCGGUCCGGAAAAUUUCGGCGCGUGUGUUCAAACAGCUGUUACUUCGAUAGUUUUGCUCUGGAGUUUAAGAGCUGGACGAAAUAUAACAGCUCUGCCGUUUUGUGUCAGCUUAGAUUCGGAAACUGAGAAUUGGUUUAGUGCUCCAACGCUAUAUCAACGAUACAGCUACCUAUGUGACGUCAUAAUAACAGUGAUGUGCGUGUGGUCACUGGCCCCUCUACACUGGAUAACCUUUGGAUAUUUUCUCGAUCAUGUGAUCUUUCCGGAUUUUCCGGAGCUAUCCUCUGCAGUAUCCUGUCUGCUCGGAUAUACAGUCGUUGCGGUCUUCAGUUACUACCAGUAUGAAAUAAGGAACUGGUCCAAGUACUAUGAUAAUGAAAAAAGAAUGAUAACAAAAACAUUUCUGGAAAACUUUUUUAUCUGGGGUGCUACAGCUGGCGUCAUCGCAACGUGGAAGGGCCUAGGAAUGGCCAUAGAUAUGACAUCAAAAGCGCAUCCGAUCUAUUUAAAUGACGUCAAUAUUUCAUCUCUAUGCCUCAACGUUAUAUCAUUCACAUUAUUAUCGCUCUGCCAUGUUUCAGCGUCUUUGGUUGCAAAAGGAGCGGAAAUGGAUGGGAGCAUUGCAAAUGGCGACGGCGUUGAAUUUUCCCGCCUUUAUUUACGCCAUUUUUAUGAAGAUUACAUCAAAAAGGAAAAGGCUGCUAGUGUUGCUAAAAGUAAAAUCGAUUAA